AUGAUUCAAAGAGCGCUAAAGGAUGAUAUGCUUGGCUGGCGUAUGAUAAACAGUGUGGUGCUUGUUGGUGCAUCAACACGUAUCCCCAUGAAGAAGAAGAUUCUCCGCGACUUCUUUGGCGUCAAGGACCUCAACUCGCCUACCAACCAUGAUGAAGAUGUGGCCUACGGUGGCGCUGUUCAAGCUACAAACCUGUCCGACGUUAAGAGUGAUGUAUCCAAUAAUAUUCUUCUACUCGAUGUGAACCCUCUCACCAUUGGCAUCGAGAUGGCAGAUGUGAUGACAAAGCUCUUUACUAAAGAGAAGCCGCACUUCCCUCUCACCGAAGAGUAA